AUGGAUGACUCCGUCGAUUCCAGAGAACCCUCCAUGGCGCCCUCAAACCGACCCAACAGCGUGGAGCCUAUCGCUAUUGUGGGCUUUGGUUUCAAAUUUCCCCAAGAUAUCACAAGCGCUGAGAGCUUAUGGAAGUUACUCAUAGAGCGCCGAUCUACCAUGACCGAGAUUCCUAAGAACCGAUGGAACAUAGAUGGUUUCUAUAAAGAGCAUGGCCAUCGACCUGGUACUGUUAAGAAUAGAGGUGGGCACUUUCUUGCGGACGACCCUGCCCGCUUUGAUGCCCCUUUCUUCUCUAUUCAGCCUGCGGAGGCGGAGUGUAUGGAUCCCCAACAGCGGCUUUUACUUGAGACGAGCUAUCAUGCUCUUGAAAACGCCGGUAUCCCUAUGCAAGCAGCCAUGGGAACCAGGACUUCUGUUCACGUUGGCUGUUUACUCCAGGAGUACAGCCAGAUCUCUCAACGAGAUGCCCAGAUGCCUGGAGACUACCGUAUCGUAGGGUCCAGUGGAUUGGCUAUGUUGGCUAAUCGUCUGAGUUGGUUCUAUGACUUCAGCGGACCGAGCAUGACAGUUGAUACAGCUUGCUCAGGUGGGCUCGUCGCCUUCCACCUAGCAUGUCAGGAGCUACUAGCUGGCAGUGUGGAUAUGUCACUUGUUUGUGGUAACAACUUGUGCCUACUCCCAGAUUCAACAGCCCUCUUAAGCAGCCUCAACAUGAUGUCUAAAGACAGUGUCUGUUAUUCUUUUGAUGAGCGCGCAUCAGGUUACGCCAGGGGUGAAGGCUUUGGUGUACUAAUUCUCAAGCGACUCGACAAAGCCAUCGCGGACGGAGACACUAUUCGGGGUGUCGUACGCUCAACAGGUUGCGGUCAAGACGGGAACACAGCAAGCAUCACCGCGCCCAGCCAAUCUGCCCAGGAGCGGCUUAUUCGCGAGACGUAUGCACGUGCAGGUCUUGAUCUCGAUAACACGCGGUAUUUUGAGGCGCAUGGCACAGGUACCCCAGUGGGAGACCCUUGCGAAGCUGCAGCUAUCAACAACGUAUUCUCCUCUCGAACGCCGGAAGACCCCAUCUUCGUUGGUGCCCUCAAAUCUAACAUGGGUCAUCCUGAAGGCGCUAGUGGUAUUGCGGGCGUUAUUAAGACGCUUCUUGUAUUAGAAAAAGGCAUCAUACCACCCAAUGUGUACCCUGAGCGUAUCAAUCCGGCUGUUACAGCGGCUGGUCCUAAUUUGAAGUUUCCGCUCGUGCCGGUAACCUGGCCUACGAGUGGUAUUCGCCGUGCGAGCGUGAAUUCCUUCGGUUAUGGGGGUACGAACGCCCACGUCGUUCUAGACGAUGCGCUGAGCUUUCUUCACGAGCAUGGUCUGACUGGCAAACACUGCACUGAACUUCUUCACGAUAGCAAAGGAGCCAUUCAACCAGUUACCUCUGGCGCCCUCAAGGUCAAUGGCGAGGACGACGGCCAUAGUACGGGUAGCAACGAAUCUUCGGAAGUCUUCACAGAUGAUACUCCAUCUGAUGUCACGGACGAUCACGAAACCGCCCCGAAGCUAUUAAUACUAUCUGCAUUUGACGAGCGCGCGGUCCAGCGAUCUAUCAUCGCCUUUGAAGAGUGGAGGCGCAAACAUGUAGACGGUGAGAGUGAUCAACAACUUCUCAAUGAUCUCGCAUACACGUUGGCUGAGAAGCGAACAUCAUUCCCAUGGAAGACGGUCUGCCUCGCUUACCCGAACUCGCAGUCACAACUCUCCUGGUCUGCUCCUGCGCGAAUUAGACAGCGAGUGAACUUGUGUUUCGUCUUCACCGGUCAAGGUGCACAGUGGCACGGAAUGGGCCGCGAACUCAUGAUGUAUGCACCUUUCCGCAACGCCAUGAUUGGAGCGGAUCGAUACUUCAAGUCACUUGGUAGUUCAUGGUCCCUCAUCGAAGAACUAUAUCACAAGUCGAAAGAAGACUCGGCCAUUCACCGGCCGGAGCUUAGUCAGCCUAUCUGCACCGCUCUACAGGUAGCCAUUCAUGAAUUGUUGACUUCUUGGAAGGUUUGCGCCUCAAUAUCUAUGGGUCACUCCUCGGGCGAGAUCGCUGCCGCCUACGCCAGUCGUACAAUCUCACAGGAGUCUGCUUGGAUGAUCGCUUACUUCCGAGGGCUAGCGGUUGCGAUCACUCAGACUCUCGCCCCUUCCCAUGGCGCCAUGAUAGCUGUCCAGGCUCCCCUUGACGCUUGGAAACAUAUCAUGGACAAGCAGAAUGCUGAAAAUCCCAAUGAUCCUAUUGUUAUCGCCUGCUACAACAGCUCAAAUAGCUUCACACUUUCGGGUACACAUACCACAGUCCACCAGAUGGCUGUGACUCUUAAGGAAGCAAACAUAGAAGUCCAUGUUCUCAAGAUCGACGUUGCUUAUCAUUCUCAUCAAAUGAAGCCAGUUGCUGGUGUCUACGGGAAGCUCCUCCGGACGAUCGACCCUGGCGAACAACUAGAGGUUGAACCGUCGUUUGUCUCGACCGUCACUGGGAAGCAUGUUCAGCGACUGAACGAGCUACAAACUUCGGAAUACUGGCAAAAUAAUCUUACUGAGCCAGUGAGGUUUUCAGCCGGUUUCCAAAGUAUAUGUGCGCGACAAGAUGCGUCGACAUUCUUCUUUCUUGAGAUCGGCCCUCAUUCCGUUCUGCGUUCUCCGCUGAGCGACCUGCUCAAAGAAAUGGGAAGGGAUGUUGCGAUUGACUACAGCUCUGUGUUACGUCGUGACCGUGCCGCCGAUAUUACAGCUCUGGAAUGUGCAGGAAAGCUCCACACCAUCGGUGCAACUAUCGACAUAGCUGCAGUUAACAGGCAGAGCGACACUAGCCCCAGAUUUCUAACUUCGCUUCCGUGUUAUCAAUUUGAAGAUAAAAGAAAGUAUUGGCUCGAAGGCCGAACAAGCGUUCAGUACCGCCAAACACAGUUCGUGCAUCAUGAGCUUCUUGGCUCGCGCACCCCCGAUUGGAACGAGCAUGAAGCACGUUGGACAAACCGUAUCCUUCUAGACCAAUCCCCAUACCUUAAAGAUCAUCAAAUCAACGGUCUUUGCCUCAUGCCCGCUGCGGGGAUGCUUACGAUGGCCAUCGAAGCCACGCGCCAAUACUAUGGUCAACGAGCUGGGAGCCCGUCUGGUUACAAGCUCAAGGACGUCAAGUUUACUAAAGCUAUGACGCUUUCGGCGGAUCCUCGCGGUACUGAGAUACAGCUCACGCUUCGGCCAGCGGUAGUCGAAUCACGUGAUGUGCAGCCAAGUAGUCUAUGGGAUCAGUUCUCCAUCUUCGUUUACGAGGAUGGCGGAUGGCACUCGUGCUGUACUGGAUUCAUUACAAUCGAAUACAGUGACCGUAACGACACCUUUCGACAGCUCGACGAGUGUGCAAAGGCGAUGGAAGAGAAGAAGCAGGCCUUUCUUGCAGCUUCAGACGAAUGUCGCAUCAAUAUCGACAGCGCUGAUAUCUACAGUGCCUUCAAUCAGGCUGGUCUUGCAUACGGUUCAACAUUCAAGGGCAUGCGCAACGUCAAGUGGGAUCAGCGCAACCAGGCUACGGGUACAAUUGGUAUUCGAGACUGGCAGACGCAUGCGAAAUUCAGUUACAGCGAUCCGCAUCUUAUUCAUCCAGCUGCAUUGGAUACUAUCCUGCAGAUAACGUUUCCAGCGUACUCCAUCUACGCUAAGGACUCAUCAGCUACCACCGUGCCGACGGGGUUCAGCAACGCCUGGUUCUCUGCCAACCUGAUGCGCGAUCCGUCGGAUGCGCAGGAUGUGUCAGUGCAUGCGAAAGUAUCUGGACGUGGGUUCCGCAACAAGCUCUUUUCCAUCACUGCAGCGUUCGCUGAUACCCAGGAACUCUGCUUUUACGGCGAUCUAGAGACUUCCACCAUUGGUCGCAACGGCCCACUAAUGGACAAGAAAGACGCGCCUCGGAGCUUAUAUUCGAUUGACUGGAGGCCGGCCAAUCUAGAUCGCAUCACGGAUGAGUCUCCUUCGUCGAUACCCUCUAAAUCCUGCGUCCAUGUUGUCUAUGAUGAGUCGAAUCCCUUACAGGUAGACUUGAUGCAAGCUCUUCGCCGAAUAUUGUCAGCACAAAACCAUAUCGGCGUAGCUUUAGCGACAUGGAGCUCCAUCACCGAGCAUGAGCUUGACAAGGCUACCUGUAUUUUCCUCCCUGGUUUAGACGGGAGCUUGCUUCGGCACAUGCGAGAAGACGAACUCGAGAAACUUAAGAGCCUGCUGUCGAAAACUAAUACCGUUCUGUGGAUCACAUACCAACAUCAAACCCUUGACCAGAGCCCUACCGAGGGCCUAGUGUCAGGACUCGUGCGUACACUGGCGACGGAAUCUGAGGAUUACCGGCUCGUAAGCAUUAGCCUCAAUCCGGAGGCUGGGCUUGACACUGUCGCUACCAACAUCAUGAAGGUUAGCAAUACGCUGUUAGAAGCACAAAUUGACCCAGAAGACGAAUACUGCGAGAUCAACGGCCUUUUAUGCACUCCUCGUGUGAUCGACGACCCAGAGCUCACCGCCCAAGCGCUAUCAACUGAGAGUGCUGCAGUCACUGUUACCAAGCCUUGGAGCGAGCUAGACAACCCAAAGCUGACCAUCGGUGCCGCAGGUGUCCUCAGCACACUGCAUUAUGAACAAGCUCUAUCCCAAAUUGGAGAGCUUGCGCCAGAUGAUGUCGUUGUUGAAGUCAAGGCAGUUGGUCUCAACAAUCGGGACGUCUUAGUAGCGCUUGGCCAGAUCCACGACGAAGUGUUUGGAAGCGAAAUUGCUGGAGUUGUGGUACGCACUGGGUCAUCGCAGGAUGCAGGAUUUCAGAUUGGUGAUCGCGUCUUCGGCGUGACACGAAAUGGUGCCGCGCAACUUGCUCGCUGUCAAGUCUCACAGCUGCAGAAGAUCCCAGAUAGCAUGGGCUUUUGUGAGGCCGCAGCCUAUCCUGUGGCUUUCUGCACUGCUUACUAUAGCUUGAUGCAGUGCUCUAGUAUAGAGAGCGGCGACUCAAUCUUGAUUCACGACGCUGCUAGUGUGCUAGGUCGAGCGGUUAUCAAAAUGGCCGCUCUUCACGGGUAUACAAAGAUUUUUGCGACUGUAAGCGCGGCCGACGAAGCUUCUCUCUUGGAAGACACUCUGGGCGUUCCAAAGUCGAACAUAUUCUCCACAGACAGCCUGGAUUUCCAACAUGGCAUCCGCCGUCUGACGGACGGACAAGGCGUCGCGAUCGUAGUGGGCUCUGAAAAUCGUUUGCGAGAUUCUUGGCCGUGUAUUGCCCCAUUCGGACGCUUUGUCGGAGUUGGAGAGAAAGAUGUCUUUCAUUCGACCGCCAAUGGCUCAAAGGAGGUCGUGCUACCACAUACAACGAAGAACAUUGCUUUCGUCAGUGUCAACUUUCAAGACCUAGCAGAGAGCCAUAUAUUUACAGGCAUAUUCGACAAUGUGUUAACGUUUAUGAAAGCUGGCAAGAUCACCAUGGCUUCACCUCCGACCGUGUUCAAGCAGAGCAAAAUUGAGCACGCUUUCCGGUGUAUCAAGGACGUGGAAACAGUUGGCAAAGUAGUAAUCGAGAUGGACAGUGAUGAGGUUGUGGAAAUGGAACUGGCGCCAAGCUCUAUGAAGCCACUUUUCCACCCAGAUGCCAGUUACCUCGUCGCCGGUGCAUUCGGGGGUAUAGGUAGGAGCAUCGUUAGAUGGAUGGUCCAGCGCGGAGCUAAGCAUCUGAUCCUUCCAUCCCGAUCUCCAGUUGAGAAUACCGGAUUGGACCGCGAUCACUUCCUGCAGGAACUGAAAGCACAAGGUGCGGACGUAUAUGCACCAGUGUGUGAUAUUGCCGAUCAUGAUCAGCUCAAGGAGAUGCUCGCUUCCUUCAAUGGCCUUCCGGCGAUCAAGGGAUGCAUUCAAGCAGCAAUGGUGAUGCGAGACUCUUCCUUCGCAAAGAUGUCGAUCGAGAAGUGGCACGAGUCACUCGCGCCCAAGGUAGAUGGUUCUUGGAACUUACACCAGCUCUUACCAACUAACCUCGACUUCUUCGUCAUGUUGUCGUCUUCAACUGGCAUCAUGGGCUCAUUCGGUCAGUCGAACUACACAGUUGGCAAUACGUACCAAGAUGCAUUAGCUUCACAUCGAAUGCGCCAUGGCCAACGUGCUCACACUCUCGCUCUCAGCAUGGUAACAGGUGUCGGCUACGUCGCCCAGAACGAGCAAGUACAAGCUCUGCUCCGCGUGCGUGGAAUGCUAGAGGAAGUACCCAUGGAUGACAUCUACAAGCUUCUUCAGUUUUGCUGCGAUCCUGAUCGUGUCGAUACUAGCACAGUCAGUUCCCAAAUCAUCACACCCUUGACUUUGCCGGCUGAUCUUCGCUCGAUGGGCAUUGUCGCGCCUCUCGGUAGUACGCGACCAAUCUACCACUACCUUGAUACGCUUCCCUCACGCUUUUCAUCUGACACCGCGUCCGCCGAAGCCAAAAAUAGGCCUUCGUAUAAGCUCGCCGAAGCCACGUCGCUUGGUCAGGCUACAGACAUUGUAGUUGAAGCUAUACAAACUCAGCUGUCCAGUCUUCUCGUCGUUAGCAAAGAUGACAUCGACCCUCAAAAAGCGAUAUACCGGUACGGUGUGGACUCGCUGGUAGCGGUGGAGAUGCGCAAUUGGUUUUCGAAGGCCAUCGGGGCGGACGUUGGAACUGUGGAUAUCAUGAGUGAUAUCAGCAUAUGGUUGUUGGCGGUCAAGGUUGCUGGGAAGAGCAAGUUUGUGAAGGAUGAGUUGAAAGAGUAA